AAUUAAUGCGAAUAAUUGCUUUCAAUAUUAUUAAUUCAGUUGUUAUGUAAAGUCGAGUCGUUAAAUAUUUUUUUGUCGGUAACUAUGUAUGUCCACGAACACGGAACGACAAAACAAACACUAAACAAUCACGACUCAGUCAUACAAGAACUGUUCUGAAUACGAUGUAUUCGAAAAAGCGAAUAUUCAUCCAAUAUUAAUAAUUGAAUUGAUUGAAUGGAUAGUUGUAAAUUGUAGUUUCACCCACAUAAACGUAAACGAAUAUAUGCCGUCAUUGUGUACACACCAAUAAAUGUUCUUAAAAAAUUCUAUUUGAUAUUUAUCUUGCAUAUCGGCAACAACUUGAAACAAUUAUCAUUCGGUUUAAAUUCAGUUUUUUUUUUUUCAGUUCAAUAAAUCAAAUGGAUUUCAAAAUGAGCAAAGUCUUACCUGGAUUGUAUGUUGGAAACUACAGAGAUUCGAAGGAUCCCCAACAGUUGGACCGGUACAAUAUUACGCAUAUAGUGGCAAUUCAUGACUGUCCUAGACGGCUGCUACAAGAUAAACACUACUUAUGCAUAAUGGCAUCCGACACACCCGAUCAAAAUUUGUCGCAGUAUUUUUCUGUCUGCAAUGAUUUCAUUCAUGCAGCUCGAAUGAGAGACGGAAAUGUGCUAAUUCAUUGUUUGGCUGGUAUGUCACGAUCAGUAACGGUUGCCGUGGCUUAUAUUAUGUCCGUAACGCCGCUGACAUGGAAAGAGGCUCUGAAAGUAGUUCGAACGGGCCGAGCCGUUGCAAAUCCGAAUUUGGGAUUUCAAAAUCAAUUACAGGAAUUUGAGACUUACAGAUUAUUUGAGGAACGGCGACGCCUGAGAGAACGAUUCCCUAGUCUAGCAUUGGGUGUAUCCGAUAUGGACCAAUGUUCGAAUGCGCUGAGCAGCUAUGAAGAAUUACUGUCCAACAAGGAUAUUUGCGAAGGAAAUUGCAGUCGCGGACAAACCUGUCCAACAGGAUUAUGUAACUCGGACACCAAGCCAGGAAUAUUUCGUCGUAAGUCCAGCAAUGCAUCCAGAUCAGGCUCAAGAUCACGACUGGCUCCGAUACAGUCAUCCAGUUGUCCAACAUCGCCGAGACAACACGGCCGAAAGGGAUCAAGAUCAAUGGAAGCUGGCUCUUCUUCACAAUCAUAUCCCUCCUCAUCGCGAUCGCGAGUUGAAUGCGAAUCAUCGUCCUCUCCACCAAAAGGACUACAUCGUAGUGCUAGUACAAUCAGCGGUAUCAGACCGAGAAGUAGCCCAGCUGGUCUUUAUUCAUAUACAAGUUCUGCUCCUCCUUCCGUCCAUGGUUCACGCGUUGACUUAACAGUCGGAGAUAAAGAUAAAGGUUCGGCCAUUUACUUGGGUUGUACUCCACCAAAGCAAACGUUCGCGAACUCGACAUGGUCCGUAUCAAGGGUGGCAUCGUCGGGCGGAUCAUCACUGCAGACUCCAAAUGAAACUCCUCCCGUUAGUCCAAAGCAUCUGCCCAAACGGUUCCUACCGAAGAAUCCGUAACAAAUUGAGAAUAGCUGGCUCUAUUACUCACCUGUGUGGCACAUUAGCUUUACAUUGCACUUGUGUAUCUGAACGUACAUACAUGGCACAUCAAUUAAAAGAAAGAUCUUCUAAAACGAUACAAAUCAUAUUUAAAGCAAUUUCGCGUGUAAAUGACAAUUUUUAAUAGAAGUUAAGGUGCUUUAUAUACUCAAUAAUUUUAGCAAAAUAAGUUGAAUUUGUUACAAAGAGAAAACCAUCUUGGUAUAGCAGCUGAUCUUCAACUAGAUCAGCUGAUUUAUACCGAAUUAGAGAUAUAGUGAGAUAAAAAUAUAUAUUUAGCAAAAACAAUUUUUAUGAAACGCCCAAUUAUAUUUUAAGAAAUGGUUAUAUUUGAAGAGGUUAAUUUAUACUUCUAGACAAGCACGAAAGGCUUCACCCAAGAAAGGAGAUCAUGCGUAGCAAAAUAGUUAAUUAAAAACUAAUGAAUUGUUGAGAAAAUUUUAUGGAAACCUGAUUAAAACAAACAUUCAAUUGACAUCGAAUGAACGAAAAAUUGUAGAACUGUGUCGAUAAUGAUGGUAAACCUUUCACAGACAGCUAUUGUGGUCUUAUACGAAAUCGUAAAUCGUAUGGCAAAACUAAUGAAAAGUGAUUUGAAUAAAAGUGACAACAGAUUCGAUUACAGACAUAUCGUUCUAUGCUUUUCGACUGUGACUAGAUUCUGAAAAAGUCGGUUAAGAUAUCUCUGAGUCGACUCAGAGGAAGACAAUCUAUGUUCUAAAAAUCCUCUGACCGGUUCAAAUUCUGUCCUAACAUGUUCUGUCAUAACCUAGGUCUGUAAAAGGUUAAAACAUGAAAAUUUGUGAAAAGAAAACUUCUUUUAUGGCUACGACUAAUUAAGAUAACUCUACUGAAACCAAAACUAAAAUUUGUUAGAGAAGAUCCUAGAUAUGAAAAGUAUUCUGGGGUUGCUUUGUCUCUUAUGUUUAAUUAGGAACACAUAGCACCCCAGAGUAAAACUACUCCAUAGUCAUAUUUCUUCAAUAAAAUUUGAAUAGGAUUCUUAUCAUAAGAACCCAUUCGACGCAACGUGAAAAUUUGCAAAUAUUUUCCACUGGGACUUUUUAUGGGAAAAUAGAUUUCUAGAAUUUCUCAAAAACAGAAAUUUUUCUAAUUUUUGUAUCGAAAGAACCAUACAAAAUUUACAACCCUCAAACUGCUUAAACAAAAUAGUACCGGGAAGGGCAAUGAAAUUUUAGACGAAAUUUGCUUCAGCUGAUUUUCAGCUCAUUGACUCAUACAAACAAAAAUGGAUAUGUAUGUUUAUAUGGUUCUACCACUACCACGCGCAUGCGUGAACUGUUAAAUACGUAUACACACUCAUUAACAGUUUUAUUUAUAUGAGUGAACCAGUUGAAUAGAAGCUGUAGAAAACUUAAGUACAAAAUUUGAUUGCCCGUUCCUGUAUUCUGAGUCUCUAGAACUACAAGUGAAAAUCUCGAAUUCGGGCUGACACUCUCAAAUAUGUUUCAGAUUCUGAAACUUUGAUCGUUGAGAACAAAAAUUGAUUCCUAUAAAAAGGUCCAGGUAUCUCCUAUUCUUCCUACUACACCAGACAUAUCUUCACUGCUUUAGAUUUUUCCUAACAAAUAAAUUCAUCUGUUCUGCAACGGAAAGUUACAAAAUCAAUCAUAAAAUCGUUUGCCUUCGACAUGUGAUAAUGUUUAGUCAAUGCAAAUAGUUUUUGAUUGAUUUUGUGAUCAGAUUCGCAUUAUGUAAAAAUGUGUCUGUGUUUCACCGAAAACACCCAUCCGGAUGAUCCGACAUGUUACUGCAAAGUAGCAUUCCGUACAAAUAUGUUUGUACAUUAGUGAUUCAAAAUAUGUUUUUAUUUGGAAGUUUUUUUAUGCUUCAAAUGAAUAAAAUAUAAGGAACAAAAAAUAUUAAUGAAAAAAUGAAAAAUGAGAGAAAAUAAAUUUUGAAGGAAAAAUGUUAAACGAAAUGUAAACAAAUACGUUAAACUCAAAUGUUACCUUUUUUACUGCUUAUGUCAGUCAAUGUUUUUCAAAUAGAAAUUUAUAUAUUU